AAUCAGUUUCUUUUAUUUUCAAAUUCUAAUAAGAAAUCAAUGAAUUUUAUUAAACGUGGGGCUUUUCUUUGAUAAGUAAGAGAGAGAGAAAAACAUGUUGCUCCUUCUGCUGCUUGUGGGAACGGCCACUGCAGUGCCUCUACUCAGUCAUGAUCCCAUGGAAAAUCCAGAUUUGUUUGGAGGAGAUAUGGUGGGGGUCGAUCCGAAUGAUAAAAAUGCGAUUCCAGGAUUUCAAUUGAGAUGGCCUGCAGGAGACGUUGCUUAUGUAAUUGACCCUUCACUAGAGAAGCACACAGCUUUAAUCUUGGAAGCCAUGAAAGAUUAUGAAACCAAAUCAUGUGUCAGAUUCAUAAAAAGAACUUUGGAAAGAAAUUACAUCCGCUUGUUUACAGGACAAGGGUAAGGCUUUC